AAACACUGCUCUUUGUUCCCGCUUACACCCUCCCGUUUCCCCUCCCCCAGCACACCCGCACACAUCAGAACAUGGAAGGCGAGAUCGAUGGUUGGAUUGAGCAGCUCAGCCAAUGCAAGCAGCUCUCGGAGGCGGACGUCAAAAAGCUCUGCGACAAGACCCGGGAGAUAUUGAUGGAGGAGUCCAAUGUGCAGCCGGUCAGGUGCCCCGUGACGGUCUGCGGCGACAUCCACGGCCAAUUCCACGAUCUAUCCGAGCUCUUCCGGAUCGGCGGCAACUCGCCAGACACGAACUACCUCUUCAUGGGCGACUACGUCGACCGCGGGUACUAUUCGGUAGAGACAGUCACCCUGCUCGUCGCCAUGAAGCUGCGGUACCGCGACCGCGUCACGAUCCUCCGCGGCAACCACGAGUCGCGGCAGAUCACGCAGGUUUACGGAUUUUACGACGAGUGCCUGCGGAAAUAUGGCAACGCCAACGUCUGGCGGUUCUUCACCGAUCUGUUCGACUUCCUCCCCCUCACUGCCCUCAUUGAUAACCAAAUAUUCUGUCUCCACGGAGGCCUCUCACCAUCCAUCGACACACUCGACCACGUCCGCUCCAUCGACCGCAUACAAGAGGUGCCCCACGAAGGCCCCAUGUGUGAUCUCCUCUGGUCCGAUCCAGACGAUCGGUGCGGCUGGGGCAUUUCACCCCGAGGUGCUGGAUACACCUUUGGACAAGACAUUUCAGAAGCUUUCAACCACAACAACGGGCUUACCCUCGUCGCGCGAGCCCAUCAGCUGGUUAUGGAAGGCUACAGCUGGGGACAAGACCGGAAUGUGGUGACGAUCUUCAGUGCUCCCAACUACUGCUAUAGAUGCGGCAAUCAGGCUGCUAUCAUGGAGAUAGACGAAAAAUUAUCGUAUAGUUUCCUACAGUUUGACCCGGCUCCUCGGGCAGGAGAACCGAUGGUAUCACGACGCGUCCCUGACUACUUCCUGUAGUGAGAUGCAUCACGAUGCUGAUAAUGUACAUACUGCCCUUUAUUGGCCAUGGUCCUUUCUAACACUAUACCACGCCAUGAGACGUAAUUUUAGCAGUAGCUUUUUUUUCCUGCCCCGCGUCCGUUUUUCACCUCAUCGUCUCCACUUCUGUAUCGGUGCACGCGCGCUCAGUUUCUGUCGUAAAACCACGUGUAAAAAGGCCUUGUCCAUGGACUCGUUUGCAGCGACACCUCAUGAAGAUAUGUGCAAUUUCAAUUUGCAUGUGCUAAGGACUACUAUAUACAAGCAAUGCUCAUUUUU